AAGUUCUUGUUUGUAUGUCACCCAGCAUGACAAAAUACGACAUGAAGGAAUAUUUGGACAAAGUUUACAACAUACCAGUUACGAGCGUCAACCUUAGUAUUGUGAAUUAUAUUCGGUAUCGCCAACCAACACCCUGGAGGAAAGAUCAAUAUAUGUGGAAGUUCAUGGAACCUUGGAAGAUUGCUCACGUUUAUUUGGGAAACAACGAAACAUUUGAAUUCCCAGAGAUUUUGACGAAAGUAAAAGAGGAGGAUGGCGAUGACGAAGAGAUGGAAGACAUGGAUUCCAAGACGAUGGUUGAACAACAAGAAGCAUAUUCCAAGUUUGCCGAGAAACAACAAACAUCGGGGGUUUCAAUUAAAGACAAAACCUAUUUUGAAAAUAAAUGGUUGUGAAAAAAAGUGAAAAUUGUUAAAAAAAUAUUUCUGUGUAAAAUAAAUGAAUUCAAAAAUUGUGGUAAUUUUAAAUCAAAUGCAGUUACUGCUUGUGGUUAACUGUUGUUUCAGUUAAUGCUACACCUUUUUCUGUGUUUUAUCUUAAGACAACAAAACUGUUUUCAAAAUAUAAAAAUACUUUCAGA